AUGUCAAACAGGAGCCAAGUGACCACGUUCUUCCUCGUCGGCCUUCCUCACCCGCCAGCACUGGACACUCUGCUCUUCGGAAUCUUCCUGGUGAUCUACGUCCUCACAGUGCUGGGCAACCUCCUCAUCCUGCUGGUGAUCCGGGUGGAUUCUCGCCUCCACACACCCAUGUACUACUUCCUCACCAACCUGUCCUUCAUUGACAUGUGGUUCUCCACAGUCACAGUGCCCAAAAUGCUGAUGACCUUGGUGUCCCCGGAUGGUGGUGCUAUCUCCUUCCAGAGCUGUGUGGCUCAGCUUUAUUCCUUCCAUUUCCUGGGGAGCACCGAGUGCUUCCUCUACACCAUCAUGUCCUAUGAUCGCUACCUGGCCAUCAGGUACCCGCUCAGGUACAGCAGCAUGAUGAGUGGGCGAGCUUGUGCCCUGCUGGCCACUGGCACCUGGCUCAGUGGCUCCCUGCACUCUGCUGUGCAGACCACGCUCACCUUCCGCUUGCCCUACUGUGGGCCCAGCCAUAUCCAGCAUUACUUCUGUGACGCCCCGCCCAUCCUCAAGCUGGCCUGUGCUGACACCUUGGCCAAUGAGAUGGUCAUCUUUGUGAACAUAGGCGUCGUGGCCUCGGGCUGCUUUCUCCUGAUUGUGCUGUCCUAUGUGUCCAUUGUCUGCUCCAUCCUGAAGAUCCGCACCUCGGAGGGCAGGCGCAGAGCCUUUCAGACCUGUGCCUCCCACUGCAUCGUGGUGCUCUGCUUCUUUGGCCCUGGUCUUUUCAUCUACCUGAGACCAGGCUCCAGGGAUGCUGUGGAUGGCGCUGUAGCCGUUUUCUACACUGUGCUGACCCCGCUACUCAACCCUGUUGUGUACACCCUGCGCAACAAGGAGGUGAAGAGAGCGCUGCUCAGACUGAAAAAUGGGGUGGUGUUUACUCAGUAUGAAUCAAAUUAG